AUGGCUUCGACUGGCAGCAAUACUCCAAGUAGUAUGUAUGAAAAACGCUUUAGUGACCUAACAAAAGUAAAUAUGCGUGGACGUGCGGAAUUAAUUGGCGCUCGAAAUAGUUUAUAUAAGCAAGCCUAUAACCAUAUGAGAAAUACGGAAAUGAACGUCGAUGAGAAAUUUGUUCGCGCAUGUGAAAAUGGAGAUUAUAGUACCGUUCAUCAAAUUCUUCUUGAAAAUCCAAAAUUUAGUAUUGAUGUUACUAAUCAAUUAGGUCGGACUGCAAUGCAACUAGCUAUUGAAAAUGAACAUCUUGAAGUUGUUACACAUUUAUUGUCUCAAUGCGAUGGACAGAAAAUGCGUGAAGCAAUUCUAUUAGCUAUCUAUCUUGGCCAUGUACAAAUAGCUGAAACAUGUUUACGUCAUCCAAAAUUUAAAAUACUAUUUGAACGAAGAGCUAUUACAGCUGACGAAGAAUCAUUUUGGCAUACGCCAUCAUCGGAUGAUGGACAAUUCUCGCCAGAUAUAACUCCAUUAAUACUAGCAGCACAAUACAAUCGCACUGAAAUAGUUCAAAUACUAUUAAUGAGCGGUGAUCGCAUAACAAAACCACAUGAUUAUCAUUGCAAAUGUUUACAGUGUCAUCAUAAAUUUAAAUUUGAUUCGUUACGUCAUGCACAAUCUCGUCUCAAUGCAUAUCGUGGUUUAGCAAGUGAAAGUUAUAUUAGUUUGGUAUCGGUUGAUCCUAUUUUGACGGCAUUUGAACUUGGCCGAGAAUUAAGAGAUUUAUCUGCAAAAGAAAAAUACUUCAAAAAUGAAUAUAUGAAUUUAGCUGAUCAAUUAAGUGCAUAUGCGGUGAAACUACUCGAUAAAGUUCGUGGCCAUAGAGAACUUGAUUGUGUUUUGGGAAAAACAGGAAAAGAGUCAGAAGAAAAAUAUUUACUUUUAGCAAGACUCUAUUUGGCGAUUAAAUAUGCAGAAAAACCUUUUGUUGCACAUUCAAAUUGCCAACAAAAACUAGUCGAAAUCUGGCAUAGUCAAAUACGUAAUUUAUUCAAGUUAAAUCCAUUACUGAUUCUAUUAUUAAUUAUUCUAUAUAUUUUUGUUUCGCCCUUUGCUUGUCUAUUAUACAUAUUAACUUCAUGGCCAAACUACACGAAUAAAAUUCAACGAUUUCUUCGACAACCAUGCAUAAAAUUUAUCGGCCAUAUUAUAUCGUAUGCCAUAUUUAUUGUUUUAAUUAUUGUUUCAAGUCUUUUAUUUGCUGGCGAAUUGAAAAAGCCAUUAACAAAAUUAAGUGUUCGCUAUCCUGAUUUAUCGCUAGCAUUGAAUCGGUCACUAACAAACGCAAACAAUUCAUCGGAUGGCUUAGAUUGUGACAUAUAUCCAGACGAUGAUCUUUAUUUUCGAGCCAAUAGACCAACAUGGAUUGACAUAACGAUUUCAGUUUUUGUUAUUGGAUUUCUUUGGCAUGAAAUAAAACAGGCAUAUAAUGAUGGUCUUCAAGAUUAUUUUCUUUCGUGGAAUAACAUUGUUGAUUCAUGUAUGAAUAUAUUAUAUUUAUCGUCAUUCGCAUUGAAAUACUAUGUGAUUUAUCAAGUCAUACAUUCUGCUCGUAGAUUGGGAGAGCCUAACUUCCAAAAGAAACUUGAAGAUAUUUGUGGACUACCCAAAGCGGAACAACUGAAUAUCUAUUACACAUUCUAUUGGUUAAAUGCUGAUCGAUUCUAUUGGGUUUCAUUUGAUCCCAUUAAUGUUGCUGAAGGACUUUUUGCCAUUGCAAAUAUAUUUAGUUUUUCACGCAUUUGUUUUUUGCUACCGGCAUUUCAACAUUUAGGACCAUUACAAAUUUCAUUGGGUCGAAUGAUGUCUGAUAUUGGAAAAUUUAUUAUUAUUUUCUUAAUCAUUUUUUGUGGGUUUAUGUUUGGUUUAAAUAAUCUAUUUUGGUAUUAUAAAUUAACAGUACGAGAGAGUGUUGAAGUAGAACCACAUAAUCCAGGUGAUGAACUCUCAGCAGAAGAAUCAUUUGGAACAAUGGCUACAACGUUUAAAACAGUAUUCUGGUCAUUAUUUGGUUUAGCAGAAAAAGAAGGUGUAGAAUUAAAAGGGUUUAAUAAACAUUUUACAGAAACGGUUGGAUAUUUAAUCUAUGGUGCAUUUAGUAUUGCAAAUGUGAUUGUUUUACUUAAUAUGCUUAUUGCUAUGAUGUCAAAAUCUUAUGAAACAAUUGAAGAACAUGCUGAUGUCGAAUGGAAAUUUGCACGGAGUAAACUAUAUAUGGAAUAUAUUAAAGAAGGUGGAACAUUGCCAGUGCCAUUCAAUAUCGUUCCAACACCGAAAAGUUUCUAUUAUUUAUUUCGUCGUAUAUUGUCAUGUGUAAAAAAAUUAAAAAGGCCUUCAGAAGACAGAUCAAAUUCAAUGGAAAUAAAUAAUCGUGCACCGUCAAUGUCGUAUCCACCAGGACCAGGUCUUCGAACGCCAAAUUCUAAUGGUAAUGGAAUACCUACAGUAUCUAAUAGGCAAAUUUCAAAUAUAAAUUUAGUCGGUAAUAAUAAUUAUCGGGUCCGUCAAGGAUCUUUUGAUAUAAAUCAAGCGUUAACCUAUCGUCAAGUAAUGAAUCGUGUUAUAAAACGUUUUCUUUUAAAUAAGCAACGCGAAGAACAAGAAGAAAUUCGUGAAGGUGAUUUCGAAGAACUUAAACAAGAUAUUCAAAUGUUACGUAUUGAAAUGUUACAUAGUUUGGAUAAAACUCGUGAUGAUCUAAGUAAAUGUAGCGUUUUAUUAAAUGAAGGUGUAGUUGUUGUUGGAGAUCUUCUAUCGACAUCAAUGAAUGAUACAAAUCCAUCAUAUACAGUCGGUUUUCAUGCAUUUAAAAAAAGCUUUUAUUCAAGAACCGACAGUGGACUCGAAUCCAAUGCAUCGGCUUUUAGUCAAGAAUCAAGGCAAACUUUAACGCAAUCAGCUCAUACAUCAACAUCAAUGACAGAUUCGAAAACAGCACCAAAUGUUACAUUCAAUAAUCAACAACAAUCAGAUAUCAAUCCAAUAGAUUUGGUUAAACACUUGAGUGCAGUACAUUUUAAAUUAUCAGAUAUUUCAGAGGUAAAUGAAAACUUACAUAAAAAUUUAAAAUUCAUAGACGAUGACGAUGACGAUGAUGAUGAUAUUGAAACUCCUCAUAUGUCUCAAGAAGCAUCAACAAAUAAUGAUGCAGUAGUUCGAGAGAAAUAUUAA